GCCCGAGGGCUGGGCGGAGAAGCCCGAGUGGCGGGCCUACCCGCCGCCGGCGGCGGUGCCCCGCUGCCGGCACGACCCCCGCUUCGCGAGGAGCUUCGACGUGGCGGACGUCUCCGAGGCCCGCGCCUUCUUCGAGGAGUAUGGCUUCGUGGUGUUCCGGGACGUGCUCGACGGGCCGCAGUGCGAGGCGACGGCCGCGGAGAUCUGGGAUUUUCUGGAGAAGCUGCACCCUGGGCUCAGGCGCGACGACGCGAACACCUGGGAGGAGCUCUCCUCCGAGCGCUACG